AUGAGCUCGUCGAGCCGACAUUUUCACAACGACAAAGCACCUUCUCGCCGCGCCGAUGCCCAUGAGGAACUCCUCGCUUCCCUCACGCGCAUCAACACCUACAAUCCUCCAGUCCAAACGUGCUCAACCGGGUGGACAUUUCACGGCCUCUACUAUGGCCCUACCUCCGUAGCCUACUUGUUCUUCCGCCUGUCUCAAUUAUACCCUGAUCUCACCUUCAAAGGCCAGUCACUGCUGGACUGGGCACAGGCAUAUCUGGACCUGGGCCAAUCCGGGCGUCGUGAGGAUGUGGACUCGCGCCAUUGCGGAAUCGGAAACGAGGUCCUUGCACAGCUCGCCAUCCGUGCGGCGAUGGAACAGGAUCCCAGUCUUGUCCAAAGACUCUGUUCCUACGAAGGCGUUAUCAAUGACACUGGAGGAUCGGACGAGUGGCUAUACGGACGAUCCGGAUAUCUAUACUUCUUGCGUCUUGCUCGAUGCGGCUUCGAGGAGGGUUCAAAAGCCAGUGAAAUGAUCGACGCCACCAUCCGAAAGACCGUCCAGCGGAUCCUGGCCUCGAAACAACCCUGGACAUGGCAUGGCAAGGCAUAUCUGGGAGCCGCACACGGCAGUUUCGGCAUCCUUUGCCAACUGGUUCUCUCAUCGCCUCGGUGCGCACAGACCUUGGAACACCUUCUCUCCUCACUUCUCGAUACACAGUUUUCCAGUGGGAACUUUCCGUCCUCGCUGCCCCCGGGGUCCGACAAAUUGGUGCAAUUCUGCCACGGAGGGCCCGGCGCCGUCCUGGCCUUGAGAUCUCUCCGGCCGCAUUUCCCGAGUCUUCAGAGCAAGAUCGACUCGGCCAUCAACGCUGCGCAAGAGGACACUUGGGCACGGGGACUGUUGACCAAACAGCCUUGCCUGUGUCACGGUAUCGCUGGCAACGCAUUGGCAUUGGACGACGAUGCAAGGUUUCAUCAUUUCCUGGCGUGCAUGUCCACCGAGGGCCUCGAGAGUGUUGGGUGGUUGAAGGAGGCUGGACGGGACGACCAGUUCGUUGCUCUGUACACGGGCGAAGCGGGGAGAGCAUGGGCUUGGGCCAUUGCGGACAAAGGAUUAGAUGAGAAGACUUGUAUUGGCUUCAACGAUCUAUGA